AUGUCUGCAAUUAGGAGAAGCCAGACGACACGGAUAACGAGGCUUUCUUCACGCGCAAGUCCGUAUCAUGCAUCAGUCACUCUCUUCGAGGCCAAGGAUCCAGGAAUCACCGCUGACGCAGCAAAUAAUGGCGAGGCUCCGACACGCUCCUCGACGCCUCGCCGACCGCGCGCGCGGCGCGUCAAAGUCGAGGAAGACAUGGUAGACAUUGAGGACAUGGUCGCCAUGAAACCCGAGGCCGACACAGACCCUCCCUCGUUAGCGGAAUCGUCCAAAGUGAAGAAACCGAGGCGGUCGACUCAGCCCAAGUCGCCGCGGAAGCCUAAAGCAAUCCAACAGUCCCUAGACAAACCCCACCCCGCACCCGAGAACUGGCGCGAGACUUACGACGCUAUCAAAGAAAUGCGGUCCAAGAUUGUUGCGCCGGUGGACACUAUGGGAUGCGACCAGGCGCAGUACAAAGAGACAGAGCCGAAAAACAAGCGAUUUGCCACUUUGGUAUCUCUCAUGCUAUCUUCACAGACAAAAGACGAAGUAACCGACGCCGCUGUCUCGAAUCUACGAGAAGCCCUUGGCGGAUCAUUGAGUGUAGACGGGCUCAUCAAUUCUGACGAGCAAGCAAUAUCAAACGCCAUAUGUAAAGUUGGCUUCUGGAGGCGCAAAACCCAAUAUUUGAAACAGACUGCUCAGAUGCUGAAAGAUAAUUUCGAUUCGGACGUCCCGAAGACAGUUGACGAACUCUGUUCUUUGCCUGGCGUAGGUCCGAAAAUGGCGUUUUUAACGUUGCAUUCAGCCUGGAAUUUGAAUGUGGGUAUCGGUGUAGACGUCCACGUGCACCGCAUAACGAAUAGACUUGGGUGGCACAAACCGCCAACAAAUACGCCUGAAGAAACACGUUUGAAUUUACAAUCGUGGCUGCCUACCGAGCUCCAUCGAGAGAUUAACCAUAUGCUUGUAGGUUUCGGACAGGUUGUAUGCCUCCCGGUCGGUCCGCGCUGUGGUGACUGUACCCUGCGCACCCAGCAGGCCUGUCCCAGCGCCCGUAAUGUAGGUAGAUAG